AUGGCAGGAGAGAUUGAGAGGUUGAUCGAAUGGCUGAUCGAUGACAUUUCAUGCCAUGGUGAUCGAGGCUAUCCUGUGUCGCAGACACUGGCUACUAUUCAAGACUAUCACCAUGGCACUGCCAGGCAUGACACUCCCAGUGCGAUCAUGCCCGCCACGGCAGGUCUGAAUGACGCAACAACAGACCAAUCUCUCUUAUCAUCAAUGUGGGAUUGGAUCAGAGAGCGAGACGACAUUUCUAUCGGCGAAAAUCGACAAUGGAAUCACUUAACCCUGGAAGCGGUUCUUGCCAUGCCAGAACCAGAGGCUUUCCCUUCACCUGGCCAGGUAGACAAUGCCCUCGAGAGCUUUACCACUGUACCACAGAGUCCAAAGUACCAUGAAGGUGGUCAAGUAAACCAGCUUCGCGCAGGAGAAACGCUGGUUGCAGCCUUCCGCCCCAGAAUCUACGCCUCAGCAGACCGAAUGUGGGAAUCUAUUGCUGGCCAUUCUGCCGAUUUCAAGCGAGUUCCGAGGUUGGAGUGGGCGGCUUUAGUGGGAAUUGCCACGACGAAGAGUGAUGGAAUCCUCCAGGGAGAUCUAUGCCGGCUGAUCGGUCAAGACAAGCGAUCUCUCCCGAAAAGAACCGAUUCGCUGGCCCAGAAAGGGUAUAUUACGAAACGAACGACGUUAGUACGAGGCGUCAAAACGAGCAAGAUGUGGCUGCGACGGUUAGCCCCGAGCAUGCCGACUAACCCCACGCAAACCGGCCGUGGCGAACGCACGAGCGUGAAUUGGUGCCGGGAAGCGCUCACUGCCGACAUGGAACCAGUCGCAUGGUGUGAUCGUUGGACUGGCAAAUCUAUAGAUACCCACAUGCUGGCUAAGACAGCCAUCGAGAUCAUCAAAGCCUGGAAAAUCAUCAGGUAUGAUGACCUACGCCGCAAGCUGGGGAUUGAAGGCCUCAAAUGGCAGAUGAAGACCCAAGCGAGGCUAUGUCGUUGGAUGGUCAGAAGAGGCAUCGUCCAGUACGUUGCCGCGACCUUGGGGGAGCGGCUCUUCAAAGAUUGUCUAAAGUUUAAUCGCGACUUUUCAGCUGAUGACUGGGAUUCAUACCUGGCCACAGGCAAAGUCAAAGCACGAACAAACCCCGAAACUGAAGACCUGGCGCAAUACAGGGAGGCGAAUCUCGAUACACCGAACAGGAGUAGUUCGAUCAGCGGAAGCAGGGAUCGUCACACCACCGCGGGACGUACAACAUCAACUCGAGGUGGCAUUGCCUGUCAAGAUCAAUGGAAGCCCGAAAAGCCAUUACCGACCACCGUUAUGGAUGUCAUCAGAGCCGGGGAUGCCAGGGGCGUUCCAAACCGACAGAUAGGCAAACAUACCAUGGGCCCACCGUUCACACGAUAUGUGUCGUCUAUUUCGACAACGCUGGCAACACCCGCUCUUCAGCCCUCGCAUCUCACUCAUUUCCAAGUUUCCAGUCAGCUGCAUAGGGUAGAGAAAUCGGCUAUCUAUCUCUUCUCUCUUCCCCAGCUUCCGGAUUACAGACGAAACAACACUAUUGUGCAAGCUCAUUUUCAUGUACCCGACUCUUUCUCUGCCGCAGAAGAUCUAGUCGACGGACCUCAUGCCCAACAAUACAAAGGGUUCAGCGUGCCUACGCAACAUGAUCUUUCUGACCAGUUCCACGGCUUGAGCGCACUUGCUCGCGUCCCGAGUGAGAGACGGCAGUGGAAAUCUAUCCGAAUAGCACCUCAAGAGAUGUCUCAUACACAACCAGAGUUGCACAAGCAAAGCCGUGUUUCGACAACCCCAGCACGCUUGACACACGAUGACGAUACGAACUUGACGCCUACCAUCUCUACACCUUGUCAUAGUAUCCGUAUCUCAGACGAGAUGCCUGGAACUGCCGCGUCAUGUCCAGUUGAUAUAGAUGACCUUGGAUCACAGAACGUCCGUCCAACUCGACGUUCGUUGAUAGUUAGUCUGAAGGUGAGACCCUCGGCGCUCUCACGACUGCUAGCGUUGCCUUCGUCCCCGAGACUCCGGAAGAUUCCAGACUUGAUCGCCAACUCCCACACACCAAGUUUUGAUGAAGUCAAUCGACAAAGUCUGGAUGGUAGCCAUUUCGGUAACUUGAAAAUGGCUGAAGAAUCUGAAAGCGGCUCUUCAAACAGGGUUACCAUCAACUGCCCUGACGGACGAUCGAGUGAACCAACGCAGCUGAGCGACAAGACGGAGAGUCUGCAACCCAGCACUUCUCUAGCCACAAAGCGAGGGCGUUCUAAGGCGAAGAGCACCAAAACCUCGAAGCAGCAGAAAAAGGGCAACAAAGCUGGUAUUUUCAUUUGCGAAAAAUGUGGUGGCGUGUGGAAGAAUGACAAUGGAUUGAAGUACCACCUGGAGAAAUCAGCUUCAUCUUGCAAUGCAGCCUAUGUCCCGCCUACGCCUAAGGCACACCAGUUUCAAGCCAAGGCAGCUCGCCUGUCGACACAAGAAUCACUGGGGGGAAAUACGCCGAUCUUGGAGAGAUCUGCAAGGUCGGCACGGAUUACUGGAAACCGUGAUUCAUCAGCACAGCUCGUGCAGGACACCGCUGUGAACCUGGCACAUCGGAAUACUCUUCAAGCUCAUGCCUCCGUUCUACUUGCACGAACUCAUCGUAGGCGCCGAACCUCCGCUGAAUCUUGCGCCGCCCAAGUCGACAUGUUGUUGGGUCGCCCCAGUCCCACAGCCGACUCCAGUGAUGCGACGGCACUUGGUUCUUCAAAGUGGUAUGUUCGGCCAGGUGCAGAUCGCGGCAUACGCCUCAAGGCCCCGGUGACACCUAGAAAGAGCGACUACUUUGGUGUUGCCGGUCUGACAAGUACUGAAACGGCGAGCAUCGCUCCUAGUAACCAGAAUGGGCAAAUUCGUCACCAGUUGAGGGAGCCGAGAAAGCGACCGCAGCUUGUAACCUUUGCUGUUGGCGAACAAGAUACACACACGGGGUAUAGAAACACCACAGAAAGCAGACCCCCACCAUAUUCUUCAUCUCCUGCUCACAUAGAUUUGUCAAACGCGCGGAAACACACACACGAGGUCAAGAGGACAGAGAUCUCAACUGUUGAGGCAGGUGGCGAAACACUCAGAUAUCCGAAAUUCUGCAUGCCUACAAUUGCGGAUGAGCAGGACACAAACGGAUACGCCCCGGACUCUCGCCUUCAUCGCGCCUCUCAAAUCAUGCUGUAUCUCAUUCAAAACAACGAUGGCGUAUUUCCGGGUGACCGAUCUGCCUACCUUGCGUUCCUCUCAGUAUGGGAAAGAACUUUCCCUUCUGACCCGCCGCCGAGCAACAAUAAUGUUCAGGUCGCCAUCAACAAACUAGUCAGCAGGAAGAAGAUCAUCAAGACCACCCAUGCGUUCAGGGACGUCAAGGGAGCCUUCAAGUCUGCUAAUGUGCUUCUCGCGCGUGGCAUGGAUCCUUUCUGUCCGGCAGCUGUGGCAGUGAAGGAAAGAAUCAUUGCAGAACACCCACGUCCAUAUAUCUUGGCCGAAUUCACACCUUCUGCAGAGAUGUUUGGACAAGACCAGAAGAUGUGGAAGGGAGAACCAAUCUUCUCCAACAGACGCAAGCUGGAGAAUGACGUGGGAGUACUGGACGCACCGUUCUACGUCAAUGAAAGUCUCAAGAAAAGAAAGCCCAAGGGCGUGGAAGCAGAUGAUGCUUCUCCGUCAAAGCGGCACAGACCAGAUUCUGGAGCUUCGGCUGGGAUAGACAGUAGUGGUAAUGAGCCUAUGGUUGGCACCAUUGGUAGGCCGUCGCAGGCUGCUGGGGCUUCCCCCUACAUACCAACACAUCAUGUGGCUGCACUCAAACACCAGGCGGCGUAUCCAGAGUUGACCUUUCUGGAACCUAAUACGUGUCUUGAUGAGGACGACGAACCUAGCCAUAUACUGCCAACAGCCAGAGACGUGCAACAACACAUUGGCAUGUUUUCGGGAGAGGAGAUCAACCAAAGCUUUAGCCAUUUUGACUUCACUGCAGCGAGAAAAAUAUUGCAGUACGGGACAGAAUGGCCAUUGCUAGAGGUCAACUUUUUUGAGCAGAAUAACAGUUUCGCUAUGGAUGGAUGGAUGCCAGAUUCUCAAUGGUUUCUCCAGUGCGGGUUACCACAUAGUCUGGACGAGAUGAUUUCAGCCGAAAGCAAUGGAAAGGAGGAUCAGCAUGAUGGUAGCGAGGCGGACUUCAUGAAACAAGUCAAUGGGUGUCGCCGAUGGGAGGUUUCAUUUGAAGCCAAAAGUCUGGUCGCGCUCGGCUCGAUCGCACCCAACUAUAUCUUCAUCAACCACCGCAUGGACACUCACGUUGAGUGGCAUGUGCAGACCCUGCUAUGGAGUCCAGAAAAUCAGCUAGGUUUCCGAGGCAGUCAUAUUGAUACGGAUCAGCCCGACUCGGAUCUGAAAGCCGAAAUUCAACAACUCAAACGGCGAAAAUAUACGCCCCGAACACGAUCUAGGCUAGAGCCAACGGUUCAGAUGGAUAUGAAGUACAGAACUUUGUUGCCAUGGUCGCGUAGCUCGGGUGCCGAAGCGGAGAUGUUGGAGGGCCAGACUCUGGAUGGAGAAGACGAUGCUGUGGUUAUUGCCGCCUUUGUGGCCACGCGGACACUACUUGGCGGUGCAGACAAGUACAUUGAAUGGGGCCUGAUGAUGAGACUUUUCCCCAGCAGAUCGCUCGCCUUUCUGCGUAAAUUCUGGUCCAAAACGCGUCGAGAUCGGCCUGCGUCAGUGAAGCAACUGACUGAGCGGUUCCAGAAACGCUUCAUAGCGGCGUAUGAACGGAACGAAAUACCUUCGCUAGAUUUCGACAACUAUGUUCGCUAUGACUGGGUCAACCUUAUUCGAUGGACUGCGAGCCUCGUCGAGGACUCAGUCACCCUUCCGUCAGGCCGAGCGGACCUAGAACAACACUUCACACUGGAGGACGCUGUGGCCGACGUGCAUGAUUGGCAAGAAGAUUACUAUAAUGUACAGUCAUCCAUAUACAGCAGACUCGAAGCCGUUACCUCGAAGUCGGCUGUAGUCUUGCUCAACGAAGACAGGAAAAGCACGGUUCAGGAGCCAGAUCUUGUCAAGGCGAAAACCUGGAUACGGUCACUCUGUUCUACACAGCAAGGGCUGUAUACUCCACAGCAAACAAGAGUCAAAAUGGCCAGCCUGACCGAUAAUGGUGAGGUAUACAACAACGAAUUGCUUGAAAGGGCCAUCGACACUCUUCAAGGUCAAAAUGUUAUUGCGAGGACAAGAAGGCGCCGAUACGAGAAUAGGUCAUACCGACUCUCUGAGUGGUACUUGCCACGGCUGGCCAAACAGAGCCACGAACAAAAGUUCCUCGACGCUGUUGCCUUCAAGACACUGCUAGAUGCCAAGUUUCGUCGUGAUGAAGAGGUUAGGAUUCCAUACGUCAUCAGGGAUGGCGAAGUCAUGGCCAUGAUUAACCUGCAAGCCCACGGCAGAGUAACGAUAUCCCCCGUCGACAUGCCGCAAAUUCCAUUGGGAUUCAAGCCUGGUGUCUACGAAAGCCGCAAAUUCCCAAAAACAUUCUACAACUUCGGGCUUCAGAUCACGCCAACCCCAACAUAUGUGUAUGACGAUGAUAUAUAUGUUCUUCAACAGUCUCAGGGAGAUUGCCCGGCGAGUCAAAGCGCGGAAGGUGCGCUGCCUCUUUGGUCUGACUUUUUUGGAGCGCUCAAGGUAGACCGUUGGCGACAAGUACUGGGUGCUGUCGUGUUCGCGAUCGCUAUGCGUGGUCCAUUGGAUCUGAAAGGCGUGGUUGCAACGCUGAAGCCAAAUCUAGAGGAUUUUGAGGUUCAACUGGUCAUCGAAUGGGCCUUACGAAACGAAGUCCUGAAGACCGCCUCGCCCCGAGGAGCAAGCUAUACAACGGCGGAGUGGUGGUGGCUCAUAGUCGGGAGCCAGGGUGUCUUGAAGGGAAGCUAG